CACACCGCCAAAACGUCCAAGCACCUGUGGAAGUGUGCAAUCGAGCACCAUGCCUUCUUUCGCCUCAAGUCGCAGCCCAUCCUCGAGCGAGGCACCAAAAACCGCCAGAGCUUUGUUCGCAUGGGCUCCCGCUUCCGCUACUCCGGUCGGACGCAAUUCCAGGCCAUCAUCCAACAGCAGAAGACGGCGGUGCAGGAGAGCAAGCGGAACUUUGAGCGGCGACCGUCGCAGCGUUUCAGCCGUCGCUCGGUGCGCUCCAUUGCGCCCGGCUCCAGACCGGCGGUGGUGGCCAGCUCUACAGCAACAGGAUCAGGAACUGCUCCUAAACAAACUUCAGUCACACCGCCGCUGCCGAUCUCCUCCACCUCCUCAACACCGAAACAGGUGGCAGUGGUAAAGAAGCCAGCCAGUUAUGCAUCUGCCGACAGUGAUGUGGAGCGAUCAAACAGCAAUAGCAGCAAGGGCUCCAGCAGUGCUGGUGCUGGGCAAACGAGUUCUCGAGGCCCGGUGGCCACCUCCUCCUCUUCAAGGACAGCUGCAGCCGAACUAGUCAAGGCCGCAGCAGCAACGACGACAAACAAGCCGAGCAGUGUCAGUGAGGCAGCAGCAGCUGCUGCUAAACCGGUGAAACCCUUCAACAGCACUCUCCAGCACUCGCCGCCGACGACCAGCGUCACGGCGACGAAGCUGUCCAACAGUGGAAAAGCUGUUUCAUCAGAGACUGCAACCUCGCCCUCUGCCUCUUCCUCUUCCGCUGNCAACAGCACUCUCCAGCACUCGCCGCCGACGACCAGCGUCACGGCGACGAAGCUGUCCAACAGUGGAAAAGCUGUUUCAUCAGAGACUGCAACCUCGCCCUCUGCCUCUUCCUCUUCCGCUGAAAAGCGACUGGACAGUUUGCUGAAGUCGCUCUCGAAGGAUGCCUCAGUGCCGUCCCGAAACACUGCUCUCGAGGCGAUAGUCAAGCCGCCCUUUUCCUCCAAACCCGGUCCCUCUGAUUCUUCUGUGAUUCUUUUGGAAAGUAGCCAUGGCAAAGUGGUUUCUAGUGGUAAUGGCAGUGGUGGUGAAGCAAGCAAACCCACGUCUAAAAAGGUGAUCAACGGCUACGUCAACGGCUCCUCGUCCUCGUCGGGAAAAUCGUCAUCUUCGGCCACCUCAGCCGUUCCCGCCACCACCACGAACAUCAAAGUGGUGAACAACAACCUCGGUGGUGCGGGUGCCACCAAGUCCAAAGAGGACACUCCUGUGAUCGUCAAUGACCUCAACUUGAACGGCCGAGUCAAAGGAGUAGGAGUAGGAGUGGUGCCGAUGAGUGCCGCUGAUAAGAAGUGCAACAUUCUCAAAGCAAAGGAGCUCGAACAGCGCAGAGCCAAUGGAGGCAGCUGUAAGGCCGAUGACGGCGAUGAGAACCAUUGCGCUACCUGCAAUGGCCACGAUGCAAAAUCAGCAGCCUCAUCCACUUCAGAGAAGAAGAGCAACAUUAUCAGCACCUACAGUAAUGGCUACAGUUCUAAGCAGCCGAGCUCAGUGAUGAGCACCUUUGGAGGACGUCGUCCGGAGCAGCAGCAGGCGGCUAAUGCCAUGGAGAACGGUCACCACUUUGGCCACCAUCACCAGCACAGUCACAACAACAAUAACAAUAACAACAGCAACAACAAUAACAUGAUCAACCUUCGUCCACGCCACCCUCACCAGGAGUCACACCAUCAUCCGCAGCAGCACCUGUCUGAGGUUCUGGAGGAGGACGACGACGACGGACGGCCGUUGAUUGUUCGUGGCAGCAGCGGCUCUCCCGACUCCUCCAACAUUACCAUCAUUCCGGUGCACAGUGGGGCGCAGAACGUCUCUGCGGCCAUGAAACCAAACGCUACUUCAGUUCCGCAGCCAGUCAGCCCGCCGCACUACCACCCGACCAAUCCAUUUGCAACUGAUAUUACGAACUCCACAGCAGCAAAACAGCAGGCCAGCACUGCUGCUGCUGCUGCAACUCACCGCAAGUUUUCGCCACCCUCAGCUUCUCACCUGAAUGGCAACAAGGAGAAUGAGUUUUCCACCACCACCAACCCCUGUGAUCCGAAGCCCA